GUGAGUCAAGAUGGGAAAGCCCUGUUGGAUGUCCUCCAGAGACCUUUGAGUCCCGGAAACUCAGACUCACUCACAGCAACGGCUAAUUACUCCAAAGCGGUUCACUGCAUCCUAGAUGUAGUUCAUGAAGUUCUUCACCAUCAGCGGCGCCUGGAGAACAUCUGGCAGCAUCGAAAGGUCCGACUGCACCAGAGGCUGCAGCUGUGUGUGUUCCAGCAAGAUGUGCAACAGGUUUUGGACUGGAUUGAAAACCAUGGUGAGGCCUUUCUCAGCAAACACACAGGUGUAGGGAAGUCUCUUCAUAGAGCCCGGGCCCUGCAGAAACGGCAUGAUGAUUUUGAAGAUGUGGCUCAGAACACGUACACAAAUGCGGACAAACUACUAGAGGCAGCGGAACAGCUGGCUCAGACAGGAGAAUGUGACCCAGAGGAAAUCUACAAGGCAGCCAGACACCUGGAGGUUCGAAUCCAGGACUUUGUGCGUCGGGUGGAACACAGGAAGCUGCUGCUGGACAUGUCUGUCUCUUUCCAUACACACACCAAGGAGCUGUGGUCCUGGAUGGAAGAAUUACAGAAGCAGCUGCUGGACGACGUGUGCUGUGACUCUGUCGAUUCAGUCCAAGCACUGAUCCAACAGUUUCAGCAGCAGCAGACAGCAACACUGGAGGCCACACUCAAUGUGAUUAAAGAGGGGGAGGAGUUAAUGCAGCAGCUCAGGGACGCAGCGAUGUCGACCAACAAAACACCACACUGCAGUUCCAUUGCACACAUCCAGGGGGUGCUGCAGCAGCUGGAUGAGGCCCAGGGUCAGAUGGAGGAGUUGUUCCACGAACGCAAAAUCAAGCUGGACAUUUUUCUGCAGCUACGCAUCUUUGAGCAGUACACCAUAGAGGUCACAGCAGAACUGGACGCUUGGAACGAGGAUCUGUCUCGUCAGCUAAAGGACGCCAGCCGCUCCGGCAGCAGCAGCAGCAGUGGGAGCGGCGGCGCCUCCUCUGGCGGCACCGAGGACAUCACCCUGGCAGAGCAGCGACUGAAACGACAUGCAGAGAGGAAAGGAGCAAUGAACAACAUGACGUUUGAAGUCAUGCAGCAGGGUCAGGACCUCCAUCAGUACAUCAUGGAAGUCCAGGCUUCAGGGAUUGAAUUGACUGGGGAGAAGGACAUGGACCUGGCCGCUCAGGUUCAGGAACUAUUGGAGUUCCUCCACGGGAAGCAGCAGGAGGUUGAUCUCAGUGCGCAGCACACGCACACGCGACUGGAGCAGAACCUGCAGCUACGCCACCUACAGGCUGAGGUUAAACAGGUACUGGGUUGGAUUCGUAACGGUGAGUCCAUGUUGAAUGCCAGCAUGGUGAAUGCCAGCUCUCUGUCUGAGGCCGAACAGCUGCAGAGGGAGCAUGAACAGUUCCAGAUGGCUAUAGAGUCUCUCUUCCAUGCCAACUCCCUCCAGAAGACUCAUCAGAGCGCUCUACAGGUUCAACAAAAAGCUGAGGUGAUGCUUCAGGCAGGUCACUAUGAUCCAGAGGCGAUCCGAAACUGUGCUGAGAAGGUGGCUGUGCACUGGCAGCAGCUGAUGCUGAAAAUGGAGGACCGCCUGAAGCUGGUCAAUGCUUCUGUGGCGUUCUACAAGACAUCUGAGCAGGUGUGCAGUGUGCUGGAGAGCCUGGAACAGGAGUACCGCCGGGAUGAAGACUGGUGUGGGAGUUUUGACAAGCUCGGUAGUUCAGCUGACAGUGACCACUUGCUGCCUCUGAUCAGCAAGCACCUGGAGCAGAAGGAAGCCUUCCUGAAGGCUUGCACGCUUGCUCGAAGGAAUGCCGAAGUGUUUCUGAAGUACAUUCACAGAAACAAUGUGAGCACUCCUGGGGCUGCAGGCCACACCAGAGGACCAGAGCAGCAGGUCAAAGCCAUCUUGAACGAGCUCCUGCAGAGAGAGAACCGGGUUCUUCACUUYUGGACGUUGAAGAAGCGCAGGCUGGACCAGUGUCAGCAGUACCUGGUGUUUGAGCGCAGCACCAAACAGGCUUUGACUUGGAUCCAGGAGACAGGUGAAGUUUACCUGACCACACACACAUCACCUGGAGACARCAGUGAGGAAACACAGCAGCUCCUUAAUGACUACCAUCAGUUCAGACUUACUGCGAAGCAAACGAAGGAGAAGGUGAAGCUGCUGAUCCAGCUUGCAGACAACCUGGUAGAAAAGGGCCAUACCCACAUAUCGGAGCUGAAGCGCUGGGUCAGCACAGUGGACCGCAGAUAUCGAGACUUUUCGCUUCGCAUGGCCAAAUAUCAGGAGAGCCUUGAGAAGAGCCUGGGGGUCAGCUCUGAGGACAAUAAAGACUUAGAACUGGACAUCAUUCCUGCGAGCCUGACAGACGACCCUGAGGUUAAACUGCGGGAUGUAAACCAUGAGGUCAAUGAAGAGAAGAGGAAGUCUGCGAGGAAGAAAGAACCUACCUGUGGGAGAUGACCAGCGGUGAGGAGGAGAUUCCUUCAGGCAUCUCAAACAAGGAGCACAUUAUUUUCGGCAACAUGCAGGAAAUCUACGACUUCCAUAACAAUAUUUUUCUGAAGGAGCUGGUGAACUACGAGCAGCUUCCAGAGGAUGUGGGCCACUGCUUUGUCACUUGGGCUGAUAAGUUCCACAUUUAUGUGGACUAUUGCAAGAACAAACCAGACUCCAGUCAGCUCAUACUGGAGCAUGCCGCCACCUUUUUUGAUGACAUUCAGCAGAGGCGUGGUCUGGUGAACUCCAUCAACUCCUGCCUCAUCAAACCAGUCCAGAGGAUCACAAAGUACCAACUACUGCUGAAGGAGUUGCUGUCUUGUUGCGAGGAGGGUAAAGGGGAGAUCAAAGAUGGUUUGGAGGUAAUGCUCAGUGUUCCUAAGAGAGCGAACGAUGCCAUGCACCUGGCCAUGCUGGAGGGCUUUGAGGAGAACCUGGAGGUGCAGGGAGAGCUGAUUCUGCAGGACAGUUUCCAGGUGUGGGACCCACGCUCGCUCAUCCGGAAGGGGCGGGACCGCCACCUCUUCCUGUUUGAGUUCUCGUUGGUGUUCAGUAAGGAAAUCAAAGAUUCAGCUGGAAGAACCAAGUAUCAAUACAAGAACAAGCUACUGACAUCAGAGUUGGGGGUGACCGAGCACAUUGAGGGCGACCCAUACAAAUUUGCUCUUUGGUCGGGAAGAACGCCCUCCUCUGAUAAUAAAACAGUGUUAAAAGCCUCCAGUAUGGAAGCCAAACAGGAGUGGAUCAAGAACAUCAGGGAGGUGAUCCAGGAGAGGAUGACUCAGCUGAAGGGGGUGCUGAAGGAGCCUCUUCCUCUGCCAAAAACACCAGCACUGACCAAACCCAAGAAUCACACAAAGAGGGACGGAGGUGAGGAUGGAGACAGUCAGGGAGACGGCAGCAGCCAACCAGAUACCAUUUCCAUCGCUUCCCGGACCUCCCAGAACACUGUGGACAGCGAGAAGCUCUCAGGUGGUUGUGAGCUGACGGUGGUUCUGCAGGACUUCACAGCAGGAUGCAGCACUGAGCUUUCCGUCACAACAGGUCAGACAGUGGAGCUACUCGAGCGGCCUAGCGAGCGGCCCAGUUGGUGCCUGGUCCGAACCACAGACCGCAGUCCGCCGCAGGAAGGACUGGUUCCGAGCUCAGCUCUCUGUGUGUCCCACUCCAGGUCCAGCAUGGAGAUGGACUACUCCUUCAGCUCAGGGAAAGAGAAUUACCACGUCGGCAGCUCUGAAGGGAAGACAGAAUCUGUGGUGAACCUGCAGCCGUCRCUCGCCUCACUCCAGUCCAACUCUCCAGGUCCCAAACGUUCUGGAAACACUCUGAGGAAAUGGCUGACCAGUCCGGUUCGCCGCCUCGGCCAAAGCAACUCUAUCAAGAAGCUUGACCCUAACAAACCAAAGAAGACAAGACCGGGCUCAGGAAGAGACGAUGGCAGGAACAGCAACGAGCUUGGUCAGCCAGGCGACAUCACUAACGAGGACAAAAACUCCUUGUCCAAGGUGCCCUCUGGGAUGCAAAGUGGUGGAGAGGAGGAGCCGGAGGACGAGCCCCACCYUCCUCUACCCCCCCGCAUGGAGAUCAUCAAGGACCCUCCAGCUCCUGAUGACAAGUCUUCGUCCUUGCUAACAUCUCUGCAGUCAUCCUCUGAGGUGCCCAGUGCUGCAGAGCUUGUUAGUGCCAUAGAGAAACUGGUUCAAACAAAGAUGCUUCUUUGUAGGCGAGAUGGAGAAAUGCCUUGAGGACCAUGAACUCCUUCCUGAGCUCUUCAUCAAACAUGAGAGAAGACUAUACAUGUACGUGAUCUACUGUCAGAAUAAACCCAAGUCAGAGUACAUCGUAGCAGAAUACGAUGCAUAUUUUGAUGGGAUCCAGCAGGACAUUCAGUCCAGGCUGUCCAUCAGCGACUUCCUCAUUAAGCCCAUCCAGAGAAUCACCAAAUACCAGCUGCUGAUGAAGGACUUCCUGAAGUACAGCUUGAAGGCAGGACUGGAUUGUAAACAAAUAGAGAAAGCUGUGGAGUUUAUGUCCGAGGUCCCUAAACUGUGUAAUGACAUGAUGAAUCUGGGUCGGCUGCAGGGAUACGAGGGGAAACUUACCAAUCAGGGCAAACUACUGCAACAGGAGACCUUCUUUGUCUCGGAGCAGGAUGCAGGUGUCCUGUCACGUUCCAAAGAGAGAAGAGUCUUCCUUUUUGAACAGAUCGUCAUCUUCAGUGAGCUGCUCAGGAAAGGCUCAUCCACACCUGGGUACCAAUUCAAGAAGAGCAUCAAGGUUUCCAGCCUGGGUCUGGAGGAAACCAUUGACAACGACCCCUGCAAGUUUGUCUUGAUUAGCCGCGGCUCSUCGGAGCGUUUCACCCUGCAGGCUGCUAAUGUCGACAUCAAGCAGGUCUGGGUCCAACACAUUCAGAACAUCCUGGAUGCUCAGAACAACUUCCUGUCAGCUCUGCAGUCUCCCAUAGUGUACCAGCAGGAGCAGAGCAAAGGAGGCAGCAGCUCCUCUCUGACCAGAAACAGUUCAUUGUCAGGAAACCGACCAGUUUCUUCAUCUCUCAGCCGUCCAUCCUCGACUGUUGACCCAGAGAUGGAGAUGGGGAAGAGCCAGUUAACAAUCUCUACCUCCAACGGUGGCUCGUCAUGCUUCGAGUCCAAAGACGAAGACAGCRGCUGCAAUGGCACCUCCUCCACCAUGAGGGUGGUUCAGGACUACUCGGCGCUCAAGGAGAACGAGAUCUGCGUGAGUCAGGGGGAGGUGGUCCAGGUCAUGGCCACCAAUCAGCAGAACAUGUACCUCGUUCACCGACCGCUCAACAGCCAGUCCCCUGCUGCCGAGGGCUGGGUGCCGGGACACGUCUUAGGUCCGCUCACAAAGCCCAUAAAAGACUCUUUCUCUACUUCCUCCUUUCCAGCAGCAGUAGCAGAUGCCAACAAUAUCAAGAAGUCGUUGUCUUGGAACACUCUGCGGGCCAAGAAGCGUGCAGAGGCCAGAGACGGGGCCUCGUUUGGGAUCAGAGGUCAAGAAAAUGGCUUCCUCCGUAAACCUAAAGAUAAUGCUACCCCUUCUCUCACACUGAGCUCUCCUGGGCUGAAACAGAAGGCCAAAGAGCUCCACACUUCAGACGAGUCAGACUGUGAUGACGACCUCGACUUAAAGUCAGGCAUGGAGUGCCUCCAGAGUUCCUGGUGCCGCUGUCAGAUGUGGUAUGUGCACUUGGGGAAACUGUCGUUCUCUGUUGUAAAACCUGCGGACGACCUAAACCAUCAGUCACCUUGAAGGGCCCUGAUCAGAACCUGGUGACCAGUACCAGCCGCUUCACCAUUGAUAUCAGGGACACCGGUGACAUCUUGCUGAAGAUUUGUAAUGUCAUGCCACAGGACACAGGCAUCUACACCUGCAUAGCGGUUAAUGACCAUGGCUCUGCCUCUUCUUCUGCCUCCAUUAAAGUUCAAGGUAUCCCAGCAGCCCCAGGAAGGCCGGUGGCUCAGGAGGCAAGCAGCACAGCGGUAUUGGUCCACUGGCCACCCCCAGCUUCAUCUGCACACUGUGCUGUCAGCUGCUACACUGUGGAGUACAGACAAGAGGACUCGUUGCUUUGGCAGCAGUCAGCCAGCAGCAGGGAGGAGUGUGUACAACUUGAUGAUCUGAUUCCUGGAGGUCACUAUCAGUUCAGAGUUCGAGCGUCCAAUCGCUGGGGUGUCGGCCCGCCAUCCGAGCCCUCCAAUAUGGUUGCAUUGGCCAGCAGCAACUCUGGGUAUGAUGGAACUGGGAUUCAGUGGAAAGAACAUUUUGAGUUGAGCUUCACUGAAAUCUGUGAGAUUGGAAGGGGUCGUUUUUCUGUCGUGAGAAAAUGUCUCAACAGGUCCACAAAGAAAGAGGUUGCAGUAAAAUUCGUGAGUAAGAAAAUGCAGAAGAAGGAGCAGGUGGCUCAUGAGGCAGACAUCCUCCAGCAUUUCCAGAACCACCAGCUGGUGGCGCUGCUCGACACGUACGAGUCUCCCACCUGUCUGAUGCUGGUCUUGGAACUGCUGGAGGACGGCCGUCUGCUGGAUUAUCUCGUCAGCCACGAUGAGGUGAUGGAGGAGAAGGUGGCACUAUUUAUAAGAGAAACUUUGGAGGCUCUUCAGCACCUUCAUACCUGCAGGGUAGCACACUUGGAUCUCAAGCCUGAAAACAUUAUGGUGGACCUUCGCACAGCCACUCCGUCGGUGAAACUCAUCGACCUCGGUGAUGCCGUGCAGCUUUCUGCUCAGCGCCAAUACGUGCACCUCUUGCUCGGAAACCCCGAAUUCGCUGCCCCCGAGCUGAUCCGAGGUACUCCGGUGUCUGUAGCGACGGACCUGUGGAGUGUGGGCGUGUUGGCCUACGUGAUGCUCAGCGGGGUUUCCCCGUUUUUGGACGAGUCCCCAGAAGAGACGUGCGUCAACAUCUGCCGCCUGGACUUCUGCUUCCCAGAGGAAUAUUUCUGCAAUGUGAGCCAGGCUGCCAGGGACUUUGUGUUGUCAGUGCUGCAGCAGGAUCCCAGGAAGAGACCCAGUGCUACUUCCUGUCUCCAACACCCGUGGGUGGGGCGUGGGGGCGCCCAAGGUGGAGAGUACUCCAAAAUGCCACUGGACACAUCGAGGCUGGCCACGUUUAUUGAUCGAAGAAAACAGCUGCAUGAUGUUCGCCCUGUCACCAACAUCAAAGGCCUGGUGAGCAGCAGUAUGGGCAACAUACUGUAAUGGAAAAGAAAACUGGACCCCGAAUGUCCUUCUGUGCCCCCCAGUGUUAACACUAAAAUGUCUGUAGUGUUUACUGAUGUGCAGGAUUUAAUGUUCUUGGUUUAAUUUCAGUCAUUCUUAUUUAAAAAUGAAUGGAUUCCAAGAAUGACUUUAUUCAGGAAAUAUUAAAUGAUUUCUUCUCCUCCCUUUGGUUUGAUGAUUAGAUCCAGUAAUAACAUACRUAAAUAAAGCCUGUCAGCCAUGAAAGGCCAGUUUGCUUUCUGUGGAUUUCAGCCUCCUGACUGUCAGAGAACAUGGCUUUGAGAUAACAAACCUACUGGAGCUCUUUAAAUCAGUGGUUCACAAAUUUUUCAUAUUUUGUCUCCUGGUGCUACUGUACUUCCAACAGCAGGAUAUCUCCCAUCUCUGUUUACUGCUUCAAAGCAGCUUUUUUCAUCUCUGAGUCCAAUUUGAUCUGUUGGCACAUGACAUGAGUAAAAACAGUUUGAAGCAUUUCAAAGUUUACUUCAAAUGUCCAAAUUAAAUGAUCCCACCUCAGA